GCAGCUCCGCGCCCGCCUCCGCUUGCCGCCUGGACGGGGUCCCGGGGCGCCGCCCCCUUCCCGGUGCCCUGCCCUCACCUGAAGGCUAGCUCCCCAGCCUCACGCCUUGCACCCCUCUCCUCCCCCGCUCCUCGGUGACAUAUCGCCCUUCCGCCAGUUCCCCGCUACCCACGCUUCCCAACGCAGACUGAAGCCACUCAAAUACCGGAGUGGCCAACCCCAUGGCGUUCCCGGUUCUCCCUCUUGCAGCUCUCACCCUUCCAGUGCCGACGGUAAAGACCUAACUCCAGGGGCUUCCUCCUCACUGGGGAAUUGCCGGGAAGAGCAAACAAAAAAGGCGCUGGUGUAGGCUCCAAAAUAAACACAUCUGAAUUCAUGAUGGCAUCGACAGAGGCUCUUAUUGGAUUAAAAGUUUCAAAACAAACAAAAACGCUUUGGAAAAAGCAGGGUUGAAUGUCUGCCUACACCCUCAGGCACGACCAUGGAGAAAGGUGGGAACAUACAACUGGAGAUCCCCGACUUCAGCAACUCUGUUCUGAGCCAUCUAAACCAGCUGCGCAUGCAGGGCCGCCUCUGUGAUAUUGUGGUUAAUGUGCAAGGACAAGCUUUUCGGGCCCACAAAGUGGUACUGGCUGCCAGCUCACCCUAUUUCCGCGAUCACAUGUCCUUGAAUGAGAUGAGUACUGUCUCCAUUUCAGUCAUCAAGAACCCUACUGUUUUUGAACAGCUCCUUUCUUUCUGCUACACAGGGCGGAUUUGCCUGCAGCUGGCAGAUAUCAUUAGCUACCUGACAGCUGCCAGUUUUCUGCAGAUGCAGCAUAUUAUAGACAAAUGUACACAGAUCCUGGAGGGUAUUCAUUUCAAAAUCAAUGUGGCAGAGGUGGAAGCAGAAUUAAGUCAAACGAGGACAAAGCAUCCAGAAAGACCUCCAGAAUCGCACAGGGUUACCCCGAAUCUGAGCCGUUCCCUGAGCCCACGACAUAAUACCACCAAGGGAAACCGGCGAGGUCAGGUCAGUGCUGUGUUGGACAUCCGGGAGCUCAGUCCCCCUGAGGAGUCCACCAGCCCUCAGAUAAUUGAACAGAGCUCGGACGUAGAGAGCCGGGAGCCCAUCCUCCGAAUCAACCGAGCAGGACAGUGGUACGUGGAGACGGGAGUAGCAGACCGCGGGGCCCGGAGUGAUGAUGAAGUCAGGGUUCUUGGAGCAGUACACAUCAAAACUGAGAACCUGGAGGAGUGGCUCGGGCCUGAGAAUCAGCCUUCCGGAGAAGAUGGGAGUAGUGCGGAGGAAGUCACAGCCAUGGUGAUUGACACCACCGGCCACAGUUCUGUGGGACAGGAAACUUAUACUUUAGGAUCUUCAGGAGCCAAGGUGGCUCGGCCAACAAGCAGUGAAAUUGACAGAUUUAGCCCCUCCGGCAGUGUGGUUCCCUUGGCGGAGAGACACAGAGCCAGAAGUGAGUCUCCUGGGAGAAUGGAUGAGCCUAAGCAGCCCAGCUCCCAGGUAGAAGAGUCAGCAAUGAUGGGAGUAAGUGGCUAUGUGGAGUAUCUCCGAGAGCAAGAAGUAUCUGAGCGGUGGUUCCGGUACAACCCUCGUCUCACCUGCAUCUACUGCGCCAAAUCUUUCAACCAGAAGGGGAGCCUGGACCGCCAUAUGCGCCUACACAUGGGGAUCACGCCAUUCGUCUGCCGCAUGUGUGGCAAGAAGUAUACCCGGAAAGAUCAGCUGGAGUAUCAUAUCCGCAAGCACACAGGCAACAAACCCUUCCACUGUCAUGUUUGUGGCAAAAGUUUCCCCUUCCAGGCCAUCUUGAAUCAGCACUUUCGCAAAAACCACCCUGGCUGUAUACCCCUGGAGGGGCCUCACAGCAUCUCCCCCGAAACAACUGUCACAUCUCGAGGACAAGCUGAGGAAGAGUCACCAUCACAAGAAGAGACAGUUGCUCCUGGGGAGACUGCCCAGGGCUCUGUGUCCACCACUGGGCCAGACUGAAACUUCGAGGGGGAGGGGGCAGACCCUCUUCCCCUUUGGGCCGUGAGCAGCCAGCAUCGGGGCCAUGGGCUGGUACUUAGAUUCACAAAAUGUCACAUCACUAAAUCAGAAGAUGCUCCCAAGAUGUUGCCAAGCUAGAGGAUCAGCAACAUACACAGAAGCACGAGAGGCUCUUCCC